AUUUUGUAGAUUAAAUGUGCAUGAACUGCGUGGUUGUAUUUCUCGUUACAACAUAAAAGUUUCCGUUAGUACAUAAUCGUAUAGAGUUAGUUUGUUUCCUUUUAUUGCAUAUACAGAAACUGCGUAGUUAUUUGUCCCAGUCCCCUGCGCCUUCGAAUUUUCCUGGCGUAUUUUUGUGAGAAAUAGCUUUGCUUUCCGCUUGUGGUGAAUAUUGUUCGUGUGCGUUUGCGCUGUGGUCUUGAUUGUGGUGGCUCGACCAUCAACACAACCGAAAAGCGACAGAAUUUGAAAGUUUUGAGAUCUUAAUCACGCUUUGUACUAAGGAAUGUCCCGACGGAGCACAAGAGGUACAGUUGAUGCGAUAUCAAACUUAUCUGUGCCACCGAGCGCAUCCAAUCACAUUGCCCCGAGUACUAUGAUGUAUAUGAACAGCCAGUACAACCAUCCUGCCUGUAACAAACUAUUUCUUGGCCCAAACCUAUCCAGAGAUGGAAAAAGCCAUGGUUCUUCCACUGCUGUACCUAAAGCUCCAAAGGCGCCAGAGAAACCGCUGAUGGCUUACAUGAGGUACAGCCGGAAGGUGUGGGAUGAAGUCAAGGCAAACCAACCAGAUUUAAAACUUUGGGAAAUUGGAAAAAUCAUUGGGAAAAUGUGGAGAGAACUUCCAAGUGCUGAUAAGCAGGUGUAUAAUGCGGAGUAUGAAUCAGAGAAGGGUGAAUACCAAGAACUCCUCAAGUCCUACCAUAACUCCCCUGCUUAUCAAAGCUACUUGCAAGCUAAAGGUAGAGCUGAGGCUUUUGAAGCUGAGAGCAGGGCAAUGGAAAGGGAUGACUCUUGUAUCAGCAUUGAACCUGCUGAUGAUGGUUCAGGGGAUACUGAUGAAGGCUUCUCAGUAAAACAUGUUGCUGCUGCUCGGUUUCAGCGUAAUCACAGACUCAUGCAGGAUAUUUUAACCGAUCCAGCAGUGGUUCCUAGUGGUCGGGGCAUUGUGACACAACAGAGGUACGACAUAUUGAAGAAUCAAGUACAGUCGCUGCAGAAGCAUCAGAGCAAACUACAGACUGAGUUGGUUGAUAUUGAGAAUAACCAUGCUCACACAAAGAGGAAAUGGAAGGACCAGGGAAAUAAGUUUACAACUGAGAUGAAGAGGCUUAAGACAAUGACUCCACAGGAGUUCUAUGCCGAGUUCAAAAAGAAAGAGGAGCAACAAAAGCUACUCAGGGAAGAGAUGGAAAGAAAAAACAAAGAAAAGAUGGAGGCAAAAGCAGAAGAAGCUCGGAAGUUGGCAGAAAAAGAAAAGGAGGAGAAGAAGGAAGAGGAAGAGAAAAAAGAAGAAGGGAAAGAAGAAGAUGAGAAAAAAUCUGAAAGUGAGGAUAAAAUGGAGGUUACUACAAGUGAGGAAGCUGUGAAAGAUGAAACAGAGAAAAAAGAAGAGACACCAACAGAAGAUCAACCAAUAGAUAAGACAAAUGAAACAGAGGAAACAGAGUCCAAGGAAACAAAUAAUGAAGAGCAAAAUGAAGAAACCAAAGAUGAAGUUUCGAACACACAGACGGAUAUAAAAAGUUUGGAAAAAAACGAAGAAGAGGAAAAACAAGUUUGACAAAAUAAUAACAUUUUUAUUAUUCGGAUAAUCAUAUUUGUGUAUACUUUAACAAUGUGUUUAUUUGAGAUUUAUCUCUGUUCACCACACGUUGUUCCCCAGUUUAUGUUUGUAAGUACUGUAUGGAAAAGCGUAAUGACAAUAUUUUGUGUUGAUAUGAGUGCUUUUGACUGAUAGAUUCUUAAAUGUAACCAAUGGUUUCAUUUUAUUUUUUUGUACAGAUUACAUUCUUAGCAGGUAGUAUUUUUCAACGGAAGUCUGAAUUCUAAACUGUUUAAGAGAUAUGGCAUACCAAGGUGGAAUGAACAGUAAUACAGGAUGGCAGAACCAACAAUAUCAACAAGGUAGCCAAUACUCAAAUCAAGGAUAUGGUAACCAGUAUCCUUACAAUGGUCAGCAAUACAAUAAUAACCAGAUGCAAUUUCCAAAUUCAAAUCAGUUUAACCAAGGUGAUUAUCAGUAUCAAGUAGGACCUGGUCCCUCACAGAACAACCAACCACAAUCUACUAGAUCUGUUUCACCAGAGUUGGGUUCUUAUGGUGGGAAUAACGGCCUCAACAAUUUAAAAGGUGAUCUCAAUGACGGGUUUUCUAACUAUGGGAAUAGGUCCAUGACUCGAAGAUCCAUGUUUGGUCAGUCUGAUGACUAUAAAAGCCGUAAAAAUGCGGACAGAGGCAAUAGGCCAUCUUCACCGCCAGCUUGGCGUGGAUCUGGUUACCCAAACCGGAAAAGAACAAGAGCCGAAAGGAGAGCGGCUGCAAGGUCUACAAAUGGAGCCAAACGACGAAAAGACGCAUCCAACAUCAAUUCAAAAGAGGAGGGAGGAUCAAUCAAAGAGGAAGGGUCAUCAUCGUCAUCUCUGCGUCUGAAUAUCACAUUCUCGGAUGCAACUGACCUGUUGUCGAUGGCUGACGUGACGUAUCUUAAUGAUAUGUUGGGUCAAGCUAUGAUUGAUGACACGUUUCCUGAAAAUCCACCCAGUACGUAUGGUAUUAUACUCAUGAAGUCUGGGAUUAUUAGGAUUAAUUGCAAAGAUGAGACCUCCGUCACCACACUGAAGAAAUGGGUGGCUCAACUGCCCCCUAGACCAGAUGCUCCAUCUGGCUACACCGUCUUGGGACCUCAAGACAAACCUAAGGAACGCGUCUUUACUGUCUGGAUUCCUAGCCCGGGGUUGCGACAUAACCUUGAAAAGAUCCUUGUGGUAUUGGCACGACAAAACCCAGAUGUCCCAGUGAAUGAUAUCCGUAUUGUUAGCGUGGUGGGCAAAGACACUGAUCAUGGCUUCCACAUGCGUGUUGCUGUCAAGGUCUCAGCCCUCCCUAGUCUCUCUAAGGUAAACUUUCGUCUGAGCUUCCUUUUUGGACAAAUUCUUUUUAACGGAGACCAAAGGGUAGAAGCGGAAAAAAGAAAUAAUGAAGUACCAGAACUGGAAACUAAUUUAAACACAAAGGAUGUCCCUGCAGAGACCGGGUAAUAGCUUAGCUUGUUUACUUAAUCGAAAUGAUUGUACAGGCAUAGCUUGUCACAAAAUCACCUCGAUUUUGAACAACUAUUAAGGAAUUAUUGGCUGGUGCUAAACGCAGUGGGGCGCACAUUUAUAACUCUUAUGCCUAAGCCUUACUGUUCAUGCAAUAGACUUUAGUUCCUGACAUAGUAACAUAUCUAAUUUUCACAUGGUUCUAUUUAAUUGUAUUCUUACAGUGGGUUUAUUUGAGUGUUAUCUAUCUCUGAUUGCUAAUCAGCAAAUAUUGCUGUUAUUUAUGUUUGUGACAACUGUAAGUGAAAGUGUAUCAACAAUAUUAUUUUCGUUUUUUUUUUAACGUUAAUGCUCUUAAAUGAGGCAAAUGGUUUUAUUUAGUAAUUUUGUACAG